AUGGUCUUAAUAGCGAUAUGGAUAUUACAGUGUCUGCUUCACUGUUCUAUCUCUAAAGACAUUGUUUACCAUGUGAAAGAAGAAAACAGUCCUGUUAUCAACAUAGGAGACAUUACUGCUGAUUCAAAGUUAAAGGACCCUGCAUUAUUAUCAUUCAGUCAGUUACAAGAGAAGGGAACACAGCUAUUUAAUGUGACCAACACUGGAAAGAUAUACACCACACAAACACUGGAUGCUGAGUCCCUGUGUACUUUUGAGAAAGAAUGCUUUCACACAAUUAAGGUAGCAGUUCAUAAAGCAGGGAAAUUUAUAAAGAUAUUAAAAAUUAAGGUAAUUAUAGAAGACAUCAAUGACCAUCAACCAGAGUUUCCUGUGGGAGAAAUUCAAUUAACAUUUGGAGAAGGAGAUGGAAAAGGUAUGAAAAAGUCCAUCCCCAAUGCCAUUGACAAAGACGUUGGAUUACAGAACAGAUUAGUGGAUUACGAAUUAAAGGGAAAUAACCAACAGUUUUCUUUGUCCACAUUUCAGAUAGCAGAUAGUUUGCUAUCAUUAGAAAUUGUUUUAGAAGGAAAGUUAGAUAGGGAGAUGAAAGAUAGCUAUAAUAUAGAAGUAAUUGCUAAGGAUGGAGGAACUCUACCCAAACAGGGUGUCUUAAAUGUGCACAUAACUGUGAAAGAUGAAAAUGAUAACAGACCAAUUUUCUCUGAGAAAACAUACAAUGUCUCUAUACAAAAUAACCAUCAAAGGAAUAGACCAAUUGUUGUAAUGAUGGCAGAAGACUCUGAUAUUGGAGAAAAUGGUAAAGUUUUGUAUUAUAUCAGUUCAUUAACAUCUAAAGACUCAAUGAACAACUUUAGGAUAGAGCAACAAUCUGGGGAAAUAUUCCAAGCCAAACAUUCUAAUCUAGAAAAGAAGAAAUCAUUUAAAUUGUAUAUUGAAGCCAGAGAUGGGGGCAACCCUCCUCUCAGUUCCAUAGCCACUGUUAUG